AUCGACAUUGGUGGUUUAUUGUGGAAAACUGUAAAAGAGUAUAUGCAUUUGUAGGUAACUAUAACUGUUCAUUUUCAUCUCCUUAGUAUCCUACCACUGGAUGAUGAAUACAGUUGCACUUUUUUGUGAGCGAAAGAAAAUGUUUUUUAUAUUCGCAUCAAGUGCUCGAAUAUCUUUUCUCGAGUUGAUUGGCCUGUUUCCUUAAAUUUCUGUCGACAGUACAAGAAAGAAUUGAAUGCCCUACAUGAAACUAUGGUAAUAUCCGAGAGAAGAUGAAGAUAUUUUUAGCUCCUUGUAGGCAAUAAUCACUCUUAUCUUUUCCGAGUAUCUGAGAAGAAAAAUUCAGUAUGGUGAUAUAUUCGGAAAAAUCUCUGAACCUAUUUGUAAAAUAGGGAUAUACAAAUGUUGGGAAGUAACUAACAAGUAAUGUUACUUCAUGGUUGAUUGAUUUGUAAGAGAAUUUGUAUUUUGAACGUCAUGGAUUAUUUGCUGGGUGUACAAAGCAUGUUUUAGAACUACUAUCUACUAAAAAACUACACGCACGCAAGAGACUCUGAAACCUCACCUAUUCUCCACCAACCACUCCAUAGCCAUUUUUAUUCACGCCUAAAUCUCUUUCAACCAAACAAUCUCCUGUACAUUACACUCCCUCCAUAUUUAAACCCCCAAAGCACGAGGGCGAUGAAGCUCUAUAACCAAGUCAAACGCCGAAAACAUUGUUUUUGUGUUAAGCGCUACUAAGAGAAGCAAAAUGUCUGCGGGACACAUGGAUCUGAAUGGAGGCCGAGAGGAGAGCGGGCCAGGGGGUGCGAGCAGGGGCAAGGCGACGGUGUUGGCCCUCGGCAAGGCCUUCCCCGACCAAGUGCUCCUCCAGGAGCACAUCGUCAACAGCUACCUCCACAACACUAACUGUGACGACGCCGCCACGAGGGAGAAGCUCGAACGUCUCUGCAAGAACACCACCGUGAAGACGAGAUAUACGGUGAUUUCGCAGGAGAUCCUUGACAAGUACCCGGAGCUCGCGACAGAGGGCUCCCCGACCAUCACGCAGCGCCUCGACAUCGCCAACGCUGCCGUGCUCGACAUGGCAGCCGCCGCGAGCCUCGCCUGCAUCGCCGAGUGGUGCCGCCCUGCUGCCGACAUCACCCACGUCGUCUACGUCUCCUCCAGCGAGCUCCGCCUCCCGGGGGGCGACCUCCGCCUCGCCGCGCGCCUCGGCCUCCGCCCCGACGCUGGCCGCGUGGCGCUCUACUUCCAUGGCUGCUACGGCGGGGUCACGGGCCUCCGCGUCGCCAAGGACAUCGCCGAGAACAACCCAGGGAGCCGCGUCCUCGUGGCCACCUCUGAGACCACCAUCCUCGGCUUCCGCCCGCCGAACCCCUCCCGGCCUUACGACCUCGUUGGUGCCGCGCUCUUCGGAGACGGUGCGGCGGCUGCGAUCGUCGGCACCGAUCCAGUCCCCGGAGUCGAAUUCCCCUUCAUGGAGCUCGACCAUGCGGUCCAGCAGUUCCUCCCCGGCACGCACAACGUGAUCGACGGCCGAAUCUCGGAGGAAGGGAUCUACUUCAAACUAGGGAGGGAUCUUCCACAGAUGAUAGAAAAUCACAUAGAAAGCUUCUGCAAAGUGCUUAUGGAAAAAGCCGGCUUAAAGAAGGGCUUCAACGAGCUGUUCUGGGCGGUUCACCCCGGCGGGCCGGCAAUACUGAACCGGGUCGAGAGCAGCCUCGGGCUGAGGCCGGAGAAGCUACAAAGCAGUAGGAGGGCAUUGAUGGAUUACGGAAAUGCGAGCAGUAACACUGUGUUUUAUGUGAUGGAUUACAUGAGGGAGGAGUUGAAGAUGAAGAAGAAGAAUGAAGGGGAAGGUGAGGAGUGGGGGCUGGUGUUAGCAUUUGGACCUGGGAUUACUUUUGAGGGCAUUGUAGUUAGGAGUCUACAGUGAUAGUAAACUAUUGGUCUAGGGUUUUUCGGAGGGAAGUUAUGGAUUUGAAUCUUAGAUUUCUAAAGGAAUUAGUCUUUGGAGGUAACUUUUUGAUUGAACCAUCAUAGUUCGUUUCGAUUGGUCGCCUGUAUCUCUAAAUGCAUUUAUCUCUCAACUGCACUAUAACUACUACAAAAAAUAAUUGAAACUUUUCUUUUGUUUC